ACAUAGCUCCAUCACAAAUUCCCUAUGGGGUCGUUUGGAUUAAGAAAUGCUUAAAUGAGGGAUUUAGGUCCAAUUCCCUAAUUUAAAAAUCCAGAGAUUAUAAGUGUGGGUUUUUGGACAAUUCAUUUGUUUGUUUACAGGCUAGGAUUUUAUUAUCCAGGAAUUUAAUUUUUCAUGACAAAUAUCAAAAUACAACUUUGCCCUUCUUUUAUCAUAGAACGAAAAACCUAAUCCCUAAGCCCUCUUUCCUUCCUCUGCAAUUUCUUCCGCCGUCCAAGACCAACUAAACAAAUCCAAUCAACCUUAUCCUUUCUCCGCCCACCUCCUACACUCCGGCCACUCCUGCCAUCGCUUCCAUCUUUCCCUAAAGUACUCGUUGUCGUUGGACAUGCGACCCCUCUCAAGCGACGGCGACGUCAUUCUCCUCAGUGGUCGACCCAGAUCCCCGAUCCCCCUCCCUGGCUUUUUCGAUUCGCGAUGGUCGAAGGAGUUUGCAAGGAGUUUGAUCCUCGACCCAGUCGUCGUCGAUGGAGGCACUCAUAAGGGGAAUGAAUUAGUCGACGGAGCUGUUGUGGGUUCGUUCGGAAAUGGCCGACGGAGCUGGAGGAAGAAGAACAAGAUGUCGACGUUUUUUAUGGCUCUGUUUGCUAGAUGGUCAACGGAUCUAAGGGAGAGAGAGGAAGAUGUUGUCGACGGUGGCGGCUUUCUUCGUGAGCGGCUGGCGAAUCUGGGGAGGGAGAAGAAGCCGAUGAGUUGUGAUGGAGGGAGAGAGCUUCUCGCAAACGAUGAGAGGUAGGUGUGUGGAAAUUGUGAGUAAGGGUAAAAUUGGAUUAACAAAAAAUGAGUAGGGACAUGCUGGACAGAAAUGAAUAAAUUGGGGCCGAAUUUUAAAAUACUUGGGGGGUGGCAGCUAUUUCUAAUUCCGGGCUGGGCCGGAUUUUAAAAUUCUGAGUGGCCCAAAUCUUGCAUUAUUUGAGAGCUAUCCAAACAAAGGAAUUUGUUAAAUUCCUGGACGGGCCAGAAAUUGGGCCAAAUCCCUACCUCAUUUCCCUUAUCCAAACGAGCCCUAUAUAAACUAUAAGGAAAAGGGUUCGCGGUUCUAAUAUAUAUGCUUUCAUCCCCUUCUUUUCAAGUUUUUUUUCGAUGUUUUUAUUCUUCCUCCAACUUGUGGUUUUUGUUUGUUUGAUUUUUCUUCGAGAUUCUGUAUAUUGAUAUGAUAUCUAAAAAGAUUCUUGUUUUUUUUUUUUUUUGCCUUUGAUAAAUGAAAUAAAACCACCUUGUUACGGAUUAACGAUCAUGGAUCAAAAUAAAGAAUAUUACAUGCAUUCACAAGAUGCAUGACACUCUUCCUGUGAGCUCGAUCUCCCUUUUCUAAAUUUGGCCUGUGCCUCGUGCCAGCUUCUGAUGAUGAUCGUGAAAAGCUAGAGCUAGCUAGUUUCUCUUCAUCAUUUGUAGCUUCUAAGCUCGCCCAGGUGGCCGUUUAGAGUUCCCAGCUCUCCUGAUCAAUCACCAAAGUUCAGAUACAUAAGCGUUUGCUUAAUUUUCCUCGCAUAUAUGAAAUCUAUACCAUAACAAUUAUAUUCAAGUAAAUGGAGUGAUGAACACUAUGCAUGUAUAAUAUUUGAUAUUAUGUUAGACUAUAUUUUUGCACGAAUAUGUUAAUCAAACAAUGAAAAGUGCAGUUAAUAUUAAGGUGUAUUAAUUAUUUAUGUAAUUUAUUUGAGGAAGCUCAGUUAUGUUAGUCAUUUUCUUCUUAUCCAUUUUUUAUUGGAUUUUAUCCAAUAUUUUUACUUUUCAGAAUUAACUGACUUUCUUCGGGUUGAAACCACAUUAUUGAUGUGGAAUUUUCGGUGAAGUCCGACUAUAUCUGUUGACAGAUUUUAAUCUCUUCAGUUAGAGAUUUUUAGCACCUUGUGGUGCCUUUGUAGCUGGUUUCUGUACAGGAAAAUUUAGUAUUGUGAAGUUAUGAUCGAGCAUCUCCUCAACCUAUGAUGGAAAGCAAGUCUCGUUAAAUGAUUUAUUCAAUUGUUACAAAUAAUCUUCAAGGAUGUGCAACUGACUCGGUCGGCUUCUCAGGUGAUGGAACUAUUCCAUUUGACUUUCAUAAUUCUAUUAUGGUAUUAUCGAUGAUCAUAUCAAAUUGCUUGUCUUUAGUGAGGCUAUGUGAUUGUAUCUUACCCUUAAUGUAUUGAUUGUUACAUAUUGCGGGGUUUCUCAACUGAUCAACAUGGAUCCUACAUCGAGGAAGCAUUCUCUUCCCAGUGCAUGAGCCACUUUCAGGGAAGUUUCUUUUCUCUCUCUUUCUGCCCCUCGUGUCAGUUUCGUGUCUUUUCGCUCCUUGGAGCUUUCUCAGAGCUGCCCACCUAGUGGCAUAACAGGCUCUUUCAUCGGGAAUCCGGUUGCAUACGAAUUACCGUUCUUUAUUAUUAUAUGUUUUGUAUUUUGUUGUCCGGCCAUGCCUUGGGCUUAUCUUGGAUUAAAAAAAAAAACAAUGAAAAGUGCAAGAUGGGUGCUACGUACCAGCCUUUUUUUCCCCCCUCUAAGGCGUAUAAAUUAUAUUCAAUCAU